AUGGCGGGUUCAAGCGAGGGCGGCGGUGAUGCCAAACGUGCGUCUGGAGAUGAAAAUGAAGCUGCUAACCCCUCCAAUCACUCAGUGGCAAAGCGCAAGAAGCGCGAGGCUCGAGCAGCCCUCGACGAGAAGAAAGCCGCCAAGAAUGCGGCGAAGAAUGAAGCUAAAGCAGGACGGGUCGCGAAGUGGAAGCAAAAUCGCAAGCUGGAGGACAAGGCCGCAAAGGCCGCCAGCCACCCGAACAAGGUAGCGAAGCGCAAGGCACGCCUGCUGGUCCUCGCCGAGAAGCUCGAGGCAGAGGCCAAGACGCUGCUGGCUCAGGCUAAGGACGCUCGUGAGAAGUACACCCAAAUCGCACAAUCCACAGAGAAGGAAGGCGCCAAGAGUAAGGUCCAGUCUACCAAUUCCCAGAAGGACGAGUCCGCCGAUAGUGAUGUGGAGUCCGAUGGGGAUAGCUCGUCAGACGACGGUGGUGCGAAAGUCGAGUCUACUCCUGCUAAGGUUACUCCUGUCGAAAAAGUCACUAUCUCCCAGGAGGAAGAUGUUGUCAUGAAGGACAAGAAAAAGAAGAAGACUCGGAAGUCAGCCAUAGAGACGCCAGAGGACAGUGCAGACGAGGCUGAAGAGCCGAAAGUCCAGGAGCAGCUAGCUCAGAAGGACAAGGCUAAGAAGAAGAAGAAACGUAAGCUGGAGGCCCAGGCUGACGACGGAGCUAAGACUGAGGACGUUGCUUCGGACAAGAAAAAGAAGAAGGCCAAGAAAGCGAAGAAAGAGAAACUGGAGGCGACCACCGCCAGCGAGGAGAAGACACCUGCCGCCAAUGCGCCCGAGAAUUGGAACGUUCAGAGCUUAGACGGCGGCUCUGACCGAAAAGCCAAAUUCCUCAGAUUGCUUGGUGGCAAGAAGGCUGGACAGACAAUGGGAGACGGAGACAAACCUCGAGACAACCUCGAUAUGAAACAUGUUGCGGAUGACCUCGAGAAGCAAUUUGAGGCCGGUAGACACAUGAAGUUCGAGACUGGCGGCCAAAAGAGAGGACUAGGAGCAUAG